AUGGCGCAGGGAAAGAUCACUUACACCUACACGGAUGAGGCGCCAAUGUUGGCGACCCACGCCCUCUAUCCGAUAAUCAAGGCGUUUUGCUCGCAAGCCGGCGUCGAGAUGGAGUUGAAGGACAUUUCCGUGGCGGGACGCGUGCUCGCUUUGUUCCCGGACAUGCUGAAAGAGGACCAGCGUGCUGGCGACUUCCUGGCAGAGCUGGGCCGCCUGGCGCAGAGUGGCCAGGCCAACAUCAUCAAGUUGCCGAAUGUGAGCGCCUCUGUGCCGCAGCUGAAGGAGUGCAUCGCGGAGCUGCAGGGCCAGGGCUUUGCCAUUCCGAACUACCCAGAGGAUCCCAAGGACGAUGCGGAGAAGGAGAUCAAGGCCCGCUAUGCCAAGGUCUUGGGCAGCGCCGUGAACCCCGUGCUUCGCGAGGGCAACUCCGACCGCCGCGCAGCAGUACCCGUGAAGGAGUAUGCUUUCAAGUACCCGCACUCCAUGGGAGCCUGGUCCAAGGACUCCAAGACGCAUGUGGUGUCUAUGUCUGAUGGCGACUUCUAUGCGCACGAGAAGUCGGUGAACAUUCCGGAGGCAUGCGAGGCGCGCAUCGAGAUGGUGUCCGAGUCUGGCGAGGUCACUGUGCUGAAGGAGAAGAUCUCCCUGCAAAAGGGCGAGAUUUUGGACGCCAGCUUCAUGAACUGCACCAUGCUGCGUGAGUUCUUUGAACGGGAGAUCGCCGAUGCGCGGGAGAAGGAUGUGCUGUUCUCCUUGCACCUGAAAGCCACCAUGAUGAAAAUCUCCGAUCCGAUCAUGUUCGGGCACUGCGUCAAGGCCUACUUCAAGGAUGUUUUUUCCAAGUAUGCUCAGACUUUCGAGAAGCUGGGCGUCAACGUAAACAACGGGCUGGGUGAUGUGUACAAGAAGAUCUCGGCACUUCCGGAGGCCGAGAAGGCGGCCAUCGAGGCAGACCUUACGGCCACCUAUGCAAAGCAGGGGAAAAUGGCGAUGGUCGAUUCUCACAGAGGUAUCACAAACCUCCACGUACCGAGCGACAUCAUCAUCGACAAUUCGAUGCCAACUGCCAUUCGUGCUGGUGGCAAAAUGUGGAACAAGGACGACAAAGAGGAGGACUUCAAGGCAUGCAUUCCGGAUCGCAGCUACGCGGGUGCCUUCGCAGAGUGCAUCGAUUUCUGCAAGACGAAUGGAGCUUUCGACCCAAGGACCAUGGGCGCGUGCCCCAACGUUGGCUUGAUGGCUCAGAAAGCCGAAGAGUACGGCUCGCACCCGACAACCUUUGAGGCGCCAUGCUCUGGCACCAUCCAGAUUGUCCUGAACGAUUCCAGCAACAAGGUGCUUCUGGGCCAUCGGCUGCAGAAGGGGGACAUCUGGCGUUCCUGCCAGACCAAGGACGCUCCUAUCAAGGACUGGGUGAAGCUCGCGGUCCGCCGAUGCCAAGCCAACGACUUCCCCCGGAACGAGAAGCCCUGCAAGGCCAUCUUCUGGCUGGAUCCUGCCCGGGCCCACGAUUCCCAGAUUAUGGAGAAGGUGCACAAGUACUUGCCGGAAGUGCGCACGGAGGGUCUGGACAUUGAGAUCAUGUCCCCACAGCAGGCCAUGCGUGUGACUUGCGAGCGGGCGAAGCAGGGUCUGAACACCAUCACCGUGACAGGCAAUGUCCUCCGCGACUACUUGACCGAUUUGUUCCCCAUCCUGGAGCUCGGGACAAGCGCGAAGAUGCUCUCCGUCGUGCCUAUGUUGGCAGGUGGCGGCAUGUACGAGACCGGGGCAGGCGGCUCUGCCCCGAAGCACGUCCAGCAGUUCACAAAGGAGAACCACCUUCGCUGGGAUUCCCUGGGCGAGUAUCUGGCGCUUACCUGCUCCAUGGAGGAUCUUGCGAAGGAAACUGGCAACAGGCAGCGUCUUUGUUUAGAUUGGGACCUUGAAGCCAGACAUAUUCUUGUUUAUAUUCAAACACUGACCCCCCUCCCCCCUCCCAGGAUCCACGCCUUUGCGUCUGCAGGUGCGGACUUGAGGUUGUAG